CAGCCCUGGGGUUCUAUGAUUCUACGAACUAGACGAUCUGUUAAAUAUUUUAGAAUUUAGAGGUUUCCCAAGGGAUUGAAAUUUACUAUGAGCCCGGGUUGAAAUCUUCGAGGCAAUUGGCUUUGAUGUGCCCGUGUGGGCUUCAACUCUAUGUUUUAUAAUUGAAUCAAUAGUUGAGUAUAGCAGAAUCAGAAAGCAGAUAACAGCCUGAGCAACUCAGAUGCUCAGAUGUCUACUACUGUACAAACAACCGUGUCUCUAGGAACCAGCUGCCAGAAGAAGUAAGAACCAUCAUGAACCACGCUGCGUGCAGAGCCAAAUGUCUUCACACUCACCGCCUCUUAGCUCGGUAGAGUUCCUUGCUUGACUGCAGCAUGCAGCUCACUUCGAUUCAAGUCUGUUUCUCCUUCCUCUUAUGAUUUAGGGCCCUUUUCGACGCCAGUGAACUCCACCAAGUUCAACAGAGAACACCUUUGGUUUGAGGACUGCACCCUUCAGGAUUCCAACCCGCAGACGGAUGACAAGCCUUUUUCCUAAAGAGCCGCUUGAGUCAAAGAGGCUGAUGCCAACUCAGCGAUAAACAGUGAACCGUGGACGCUGACUUUGUUUUUAAGACUCGUCGGUCCAAGGACAAGCAAGAAUGUUGAAGGAGAUCCAAAUAGUGCUCUGCUUCUUUUUUGUCUGUGUCUUUGUCAUUUUGUAUGAAUUCUCCCUGCAGCCUGUUUGUGUCUUCUCAUGCAAGCCUAUUGCUAAGCCAUUCCUGACAGAAGAGGAUGUUAUGAACCAGAGCAGAAGCAUCAUCUUCGUGGAGACCACAGACCGCCUGCAGCCUCCUCCCUUGGUUGCAUGUUCUGUGGAAUCUGCUGCCAGGAUCUACCCUGACAGACCUGUUGUCUUCUUCAUGAAAGGGUUGAAAAAUAACACACGGCUGGAUUCAAAUUCCACUUCCUCUGCCUCCUCUCUUCUAUCUGCUAUGAAGAAUGUCUUCCUUUUUCCUCUUCAGAUGGAAAGUUUGUUCCAGGGGACACCUCUGCUCCCAUGGUACCAUAAGGUUAACGCAGCCCAGGAGAAGCACUGGGUUCAUAUCAUCUCUGACGCCAGCCGACUUGCACUCCUCUGGAAAUACGGGGGGAUCUACAUGGACACUGACGUCAUCUCCAUCAGGCCUAUUCCAGUGGCAAAGUUCCUGGCGGCCCAGGCUUCCCAGUUCUCCAGCAAUGGGAUUUUGGGCUUUCCUCACCAUCACUGGUUCAUUUGGGAUUGCAUGGAGGAUUUUGUAGAAAACUACAAUGGAGGCAUUUGGGGAAAUCAAGGCCCCAUGUUAAUGACAAGGAGACUCCGAGCAUUGUGCACCUUGAGCGAUUUCCAUAAGGUGGAGGAUCUAAGUUGCCAGAAUAUUUCCUUCUUACAUCCUCAGCGAUUCUACCCCAUCGCUUAUGAAGGAUGGAGACAGUACUAUGAGAUCUGGGAGACAAGCCCCGACUUCAGCAACUCUUAUGCUCUGCAUCUGUGGAACUUCAUGAACCAGGAACACAAGCCUGUGGUUGCAGGAAGUAACACCUUGGUGGAAAAUCUCUUCAGAACACACUGCCCCACCACGUACAAGGCCCUUAUUCUAGGCACAAAACGCAGUGGUCCAUGUGCAUCAAAACAAGAAUGAAUGACGGCAUCUAGAAGAACAAGGUGACCCUUCCAGCCCUCAUGUUCCUGCGACUAAAACAAACUGCGCACAAGACGCACGUUCUCUUAGUCAGUGACUCUCGGCCAUUUUCUCUUUGCAGGUGACUUUGUAGGAGAGAACCUGUCGGAAUCCACCUCUUCUCCCAAGUUUUCCCAGGAUCUAAUUAAAUCAGUAGGAAGCGUGGGGGGGUGGGACGGAGGGUGCGGUAUACAUAUCAUGACAUCACCAAUACUCAGUAUGUCUUGUCCUUCAGGGAAAAAUUUACCCAAAUGACCUAGGAGUCACGUUGGCUUUGUGAACCAGAACUCCACUGAAAAUCAGUGUGACUUAGGAACCUAAGGGUCAAAUGUUCAAAGGUAUUUGGUACCUAGAGAUGCCCCUAAGUGCUUUUGAAAAUCCCAUUGGGCAUCGCUCUGCCUCUGGAGCCUUUCAGAAUCUGACCCCCUACAUGGGUUUGGAAAUUGCAGCAUCUUGUGUGAUGAAGCCCUUAGCUAGUGAAGGACUCUAGCGGCUACUGUAAUGUCCAUGCUCAGUCACAAGGCAUGUAAUGACACUCUGUGAAUGGCAGCCCGAACCUCCCCCAUGCAAAAUGUUCAUUGUCAUUGAUAAUUUUUGUCUUUCUUUGCUUCAGCUCUGGAUCCUGCCGUCUGCACAGCGACAUUUUAAAUGCUCCUUUAAAUAAAAGUUCCACCCCGCCCAAUGGCUCUGAAUUUGCAUUUCCCCACCUAAGCCUCCCUCCAGCAUCUGGGAUGGGCAAAGGAAAGGGGGGGAGGGUCUGUGCUCAGUGAUGGUUUCUGUGUGAGUCUCUCUCAGUCCUUAAAUGGCCCCGUUCUUGCAGCAUGUGGGCGUCUCCCCGCAGCCCCGUGCGGCUGGGAAGCUCUGUUCUCCCUGCUGGAGACCCCGUCGUGGAACUGAGGCCUGGAGCCCCACGUGGGACCCAGGGACCCACCCCCAGUGCCAGGCGCUGCCGCCACCCACACAGCCCCAGUCAGCCACGGCCUGGCCCUGCCGCUGCCCGGACUCCUGGUGCCAGAUCCCCUGCGCCUCAGUUUCUGCCUCCAGGCCCCUGCAAGGCCCAGUCUGGCAGGUGUGCGCUGAGCUCUCCUCGCUCCGCACAACACGGGCCGGGGAGGAGCCUCCCUGACAGCCUAGCCCAGGC